AUGGAACUCUAUCCUCGCAUUGGUAAAAACUUCGACAUUAAAGUUUUUACAAAUUGCAGAUUUGGAAUGAUGUCUUGGGCAGUUCUAGCUGUAACCUAUUGCAUAAAGCAGUAUGAAGUGAACGGCAAAGUGGCUGAUUCAAUGCUUGUUAAUACCAUAUUGAUGCUGGUGUAUGUUACUAAGUUUUUUUGGUGGGAAGCUGGAUACUGGAGCACAAUGGAUAUUGCACAUGAUCGAGCUGGUUUUUAUAUUUGCUGGGGAUGCCUUGUAUGGGUGCCUUCUAUAUAUACUUCUCCUGGCAUGUACCUGGUCAAUCAUCCUGUACACCUUGGAACUCAGUUGGCACUCUACAUCCUAGAAGCAGGCAUUCUUUGCAUAUACAUCAACUACGACUGUGAUAGGCAAAGGCAAGAGUUUCGCAGAACAAAUGGCAAAGCUUUGGUUUGGGGUAAAGCUCCAUCAAAGAUAACUGCCACUUACACUACCACAACUGGGGAAACAAAAAGCAGCAUUCUUUUAACUUCGGGAUGGUGGGGAUUAGCUCGACAUUUCCACUAUGUCCCAGAAAUAUUAGCUGCAUUUUUCUGGACUGUUCCAGCUCUUUUUAACCACGCUUUACCCUACUUUUAUGUGGUGUUUCUUACAAUCCUUCUCCUCGACCGGGCAAAAAGGGAUGAUGAUCGGUGCCGAUCCAAGUAUGGAAAAUACUGGAAAUCGUACUGCGAGAAGGUUCGGUACAGGGUCAUCCCCGGAAUUUACUGAGAAAAUGUUGCACAAGUGUUUGUUCUAUGUUGAGAAUGGCAUGUAUAUUCAGCCUUUCCAAAUUAAAUGAUGGCAGGCUGGUAUCAUGUUGUUAUUGUUGUUUUUGUAAUGGUCAACUUUAUGGAUGUUGUAUUUCUCUCAUCUUCAAUGACCAAAAACUUUUCUUGUUUAGGAAAA